CGAUAUGAACUAUAUGUCAGAAUAAUCAAUGUAUGAGAGAUAAUAACAUACGUGAUAACAGAUAACGAUUUUUUUUUCUCGUUAUACAAUAAAUAUUAUGGAUAUAUAGAUAUGGUCAAACAGUUAGUCAUUCGUUUCUUGUUCUGUUUUUGUUCUGAUAAUGACCAUCAUGAUGUGUGCUAAGUAAAAUCAAAAGAAUUACGAUGACGACGCCUAUCAGUAACAGCAGUCACUGUUUGUUUAGACAAAGAUCAAAGUUAGAAUUCCAUCUAUAAAUGUAAUUUACACACAUAGAAUUUAUGAUUAACUAAAUAUAUAGAUGACAGAAUAGAAAAAAACUUUCCACCAUAUAAUAGAAUGAUAAUAACAAUACGUGCAUUUGCCAAAAUAACAAACUUCUGGUUCGGAUACAAAAAAAAUUUCAGUUCAGAAUAAUAUUAAUCACCAUAUUGCGUUUUUUUCAGAUAUAUUUGACAUUCCGUAGAAUUAUAGAUUUACUACAACUAUUUAUCUUCGACUAUAAGGUAAUUACAUAGAUAUGUUUUCCGGUUUUAAAACACUCUAUAUAUGUUCAUGAUUAAUGACCUUUUUUGUUUUUUUCAAAAGGUAUUUGAUAUAUAAAUCUAGUUCAAAAACAGGCACUCGUUAUUAGUGGUUGAUAUCUUAUAAAACAUGUUCGAUACAAUUCGACGAAAAUUUGGUUUAAAUAACCAAAGAAGACAAAAGUAUGACACUCAUUUUAAUCAGGUGUAUACAACUUAUCAAAAGAAUUGUCUUUUUGCGGACAGAUUAGAUAUUAUAAACGUCCAAAUAGAUUAUCUUCUGUAAUCAGUCGAAAUGAUCGUUGUUCAUCUAUACGUAUACAAAAAAAUGUUUUAACUAUAAUAUAAUAUUUUUAGAUCUGGUGGUACCGUGAGUAUAACGAGCGAUGAAACGGACUCACUAAGUGAUGACUUUAAAAGCAUACAAAACUCAAUCACAUCAAUACAUAAGACGUCUUCGAUUAUCUUAAGAAGUUUUGUACCACAGUCACGAUCCAUAACCACAAUAAACUCGUGUAUCGAUGAAAAUAGUCCGUGGUUUUACAAUAAUAUAACUAGAGAAAGCGUUGAAGCAGCUUUAACAGUUCGUUCAAUUGGCAGUUUUAUUCUUCGAAAUAGUUCUUCAUCUCCAAAUGCAUUCGUAUUGUCUGUUCGAGUACCAAAAUAUAUCAAAAAAUCUUUAGUUGUUCAUUAUCUGAUUGAUCAUGACAAAGAUGGAUACAAACUACGGGGAACAAAAAAGUUAUUCACAACAUUAACAUCAUUAAUUGUACAUCAUUCCAUUGUAACAGAAAAUCUUCCAGUAGUACUCAAUUUACGGCAAUAUUAUCCACAAUCUAAUCAGUCAAAAGAAUAUUCCGAUUAUCUUCUAUGA